AUGGCGGUCCUGAACCAGAACCUACCUGAAGAAAUCGAAUUGGACAUAUUCUCAAGACUUCCAGUUAAAUCUCUUCUGCAAUUCAGGUGCAUCUCCAAACCAUGUCAGUCUUUAAUUUCUGAUCCAUAUUUCUUCAAAUUUCAUCUCAAUCGAUCACUUUUCUCAAAAAAUUGUCGGAAAGUAUUUCUCUCUAGUUUCCCUCCCCAAUCAAUAGACUAUGAAUCAUUACUUGACAACAACAAGAAUGCACUACUGGAGUUGGAUUGUCCAUUGUGGAGUCGAAAAAGCAACGUCUCUAUAAUUGGUUCUUGCAAUGGUUUGAUUUGUUAUGUAGUUGAUAAAUUCAAGGUCAUCAUAUACAACCCUUCCACUAGAGUCUCCAAGGAAUUGCCAAAACCACCCAUUACUCCUCCACUCUCUGGUAGGAUUUGUUAUUAUUAUGGGUUUGGUUUUGACUCCUCCGACAACGAUUACAAGGUAGUUUUGGGUAUGGACAUUGUUGCUGAUACCUCAAAAAGUAUCAUAUUCCAUAUGUUUUGUCUUAGACAUAAUUAUUGGAGAAGAAUACAAGAUCUGAGUUGGAGAAGAAUACAUGAACGUCGGAGAUAUAAUUAUUUAGGUAUAUUCUUGAAUGGAGCUCUUCAUUGGCUAAUGAUACCCAAAGGCAUUGGUUUUGCACAACUUUAUAGGGUAAUUGUUACUUUUGAUUUAUCCAAGGAGGUAUUUAGUGAGAUGUCCCUAGAUAAUAUUCAGGGCCAAACAGAUUCGGAAUUUUACGGAUUGGGAGCUUUUGAAGAAUAUUUGUAUGCACUGUCUUUCUCAUUUAGUGCUAAUGGAACUUCCGUUGAGGUGUGGUUGAUGGAGGAAUAUGGUGUGAAGGCAUCUUGGGCUAAGUUUUUCACCAUCCCUUGUAUUGUGAGCAAUACUUGCUUGAAACCGUUGUGUCUUUUGAGGAACGGUGAACUUCUAGUGACAAUUGAUCACUACUACAAUGAUCAAAUAAAAUUAGGAUCAUACAAUACUAAAUUGAAAGGAUUUACGAGAAUUUGUAGUUUUCCCAGUUCUUCUCAAACGGUUUUGUAUGCGGAGAGUGUGGUUAACCCAACAGCUUUGAUGUGA